AAACCACAAGUCUCAAGUGUCAGAUUUUCUCUGUUUUUACAAUAACAUGGUACCUACCACUAAUUUAAUUAUUAGUGUUGUUUAAAAUGACAGUACAGUUGAAAAUAACACAAAUUUCUUUAGUAAAUUAAAGUCACACUGAUAUUGUGAUGUAUAAAACUUUGCUGGAAUUGCUAUAAAACUUAUAGGAGUUGUCCUAACCUAAAGUCUGCCUUUUAAUAUAGAAAUAGGGACAAGUUUAUAACGAUCCAGUUAACUUCAUACUGGAGGAUGGCUAGUACAGCAGUAGCUCCGCAGUUUGUGGGAUCCACAUUCUUUGCCAUGCGACAUUCCGGAGAGCUGUGUGGUAGCAAUGGUCUGCCUUUGACUCCCAAUUCCAUCACGAUUCUAGGCCGGUCCCAGUAUCUGAAGACAUUGACGCACCCCAACCUCUGCUCAUAUUUGGAUGUAAUGAGAGGAAAACACGAGAGAUCAAUAGUGGUAUGUGAAUAUCACGGAAGACCUCUACAUCAAGCUUACCCCCCUGUAAAAACACUUCCUCAAAUUGUGAAACUGGCAAAAGAGGUGCUGGAAGGACUAAGCUACCUAAACAGCAAGGGGCUGGUCCAUCGAGGACUGUGUCCUGACAAUAUCUUGAUCAAUGACGAAGGAAGAGUUCAGCUGUUUAAUUAUGGCUUGUACUACAUGACGGGAGCUGGCACUGAUGUCAUGUUCCCGAUCGGAUCUCCCAAGUACACUGCUCCAGAAGUAUUCCUACUGCAGAACUCUAGUCCAAGUAGUGGCAAGACUGACGUGUGGUCGCUAGGCAUCGUGUUGGCAGAACUGGUGCUGGGCCAGCGACUCUGGGCUAACCUCAAUCUGGGACAGACUCUGCGCAAAGUGUUGUCUCUGCUGCACUGUGACACAUCUACGUUGGAGAGACUGGCGAGGGAAACAGACAGACUGGCUGUGUUACAGUCUCUACCAGAGGACGUCGUAGACUUGAUCAACCUCUGUCUCCAGACUCGCCCUAGACUAAGGCCGACAGCAGCCCAGCUGUUGGACCACAGAGUGUUCUCUCAGGAAGUGAUGGAGCCUCAGGUCACUUCUCCUACCUUGGCUGUGGAUCAGAGGGUAAAGAACUGGAAGAAUAACCUGUUGAGUGAGCGGCCGCUACAAGAGUUGUACUACUUGUGGAGACUGGCAGGAGGUGAUCUACACACGGAGCUGAAAAAACAAGGUCUCGUCCGCAACAAAGCUCCCAUACUGUCAUUGCCCAAUCUAAUUCUUCUAGAAGGUACAUUGUUUGGUCAGAGCAGAGACCAAGCUACGAUGUUAGAUCUGAGAGUUGUUCCUCUACCUCUGGACACUCUGGUACAAAGACUCUCUCAACUUCCCCUCACAGCUUACUACCCUUUAACAGAGACCAAGUCAAGCAUUAUUUUGGGAGUAGAAGAACAGAGUGAUGCUGCCUCACUGCCUCUAGUCAUCAGAGAAAGAGACACAGAAUACCAGUUCCAUAGAGUAGUGCUCUGUGAUAGACUGCUAAAGGGCUAUCCAUACAAGAAGGCUGCCAUCUUGAAGGAGGCACACAAGGAUAUUCCACCCCUGUACAGAGGAGAGUUGUGGUCCGUGUUGCUAGGAGUGGUCGGAGACAUAGAAACUGUCUACAGGGACAUUGAUAAGGAGACUCUCACAGCCACGGAUAGACAGAUAGAGGUAGAUAUCCCCAGAUGUCAUCAGUACAAUGAGCUGUUGUCGUCACGUGAAGGUCAUCGGAAGCUCAAGAGAGUUCUGAAGGCAUGGGUCGUGUCACACCCUCAAUAUGUUUACUGGCAAGGACUUGACUCUCUCUGCGCUCCUUUCUUGUUUCUCAACUUCAACAAUGAAGCUCGAGCGUACGUCUGUCUGUCUGCUUUCAUUCCAAAGUAUCUCCACAAUUUCUUCCUCAAAGACAACUCAGCUGUGAUACGCGAGUAUCUCCUCAAGUUUUCUCAACUCAUCACAUUCCACGACCCUGUCCUCUCCAAACAUCUCCAGGAGAUCAACUUCAUCCCGGAACUCUUUGCUAUUCCAUGGUUUCUCACUAUGUUUUCUCAUGUGUUUCCGCUACACAAAAUCUUCCACCUGUGGGACAAGCUGCUUCUGGGAGACGCCUCGUUUCCUCUUUAUGUUGGGUUGGCAAUCCUGCAACAGCUCAGGGAUACUCUGCUGUCAUCCGGCUUCAACGAGUGCAUCCUGCUCUUCUCCGAUCUGCCAGAGGUGGACAUAGAACGCUGUGUGACUGACUGUAUAGAGCUUUACUGCAGCACGCCUCGUAGUGUGACUCAUAGAGAACACGAGCUACAGAACACUAACAAAUCUGCCAACACUGAACUGGAACUGACUGGAGUGACUCUAGCUGAGCUUCAGUCAGAAGUCUCGCCUCGCAUCAGUGGAGCCGACCUCAUAGAGCUUCUAAGCACAAAGUUCUCAAGGCCAAAGGUGUUUGUAGUUGACAUCAGAAGGAGAGAAGACUACAGUGAAGGAGCAAUCCCAGGGAGUGUCAACAUUCCACUUUCUACAGUAGAUCUGGCAAGUGACAGCUCUAUCAGUCUGGCAGUUCCUGAAAGUCCUGAACUGAGUCUGCUGUGUAGCAACAAGGGGAAGAUCAUUGUGGUGGGAGGAGACACCAUGACUGAUGCUACCAAGUGUUAUGAUCUUGCAAGUGACAGCUCCAUCAAUCUGGCAGUCCCUGAGAGUCCUGAACUGAGUCUGCUGUGUAGCAACAAGGGGAAGAUCAUUGUGGUGGGAGGAGACACCAUGACUGAUGCUACCAAGUGUUAUGAUCUUGCAAGUGACAGCUCCAUCAGUCUGGCAGUACCUGAGAGUCCUGAACUGAGUCUACUGUGUAGCAACAAGGGGAAGAUCAUUGUGGUGGCAGGAGACACCAUUACUGAUGCUACCAAGCUCCAUCAGUCUGAGAGUCCUGAACUGAGUCUACUGUGUAGCAACAAGGGGAAGAUCAUUGUGGUGGGAGGAGACACCAUGACUGAUGCUACCAAGUGUUAUGAUCUUGCAAGUGACAACUCCAUCAGUCUGGCAGUCCCUGAGAGUCCUGAACUGAGUCUGCUGUGUAGCAACAAGGGGAAGAUCAUUGUGGUUGGAGGAGACACCAUGACUAAUGCUACCAAGUGUUAUGAUCUUGCAAGUGACAACUCCAUCAGUCUGGCAGUCCCUGAGAGUCCUGAACUGAGUCUACUGUGUAGCAACAAGGGGAAGAUCAUUGUGGUGGGAGGAGACACCAUGACUGAUGCUACCAAGUGUUAUGAUCUUGCAAGUGACAGCUCCAUCAGUCUGGCAGUCCCUGAGAGUCCUGAACUGAGUCUGCUGUGUAGCAACAAGGGGAAGAUCAUUGUGGUUGGAGGAGACACCAUGACUGAUGCUACCAAGUCAAAUGCAUUGUAUGAUACUGUAAUAGCUAACCAGGAACAGCUAAUAGCUAACCGGCAAGGGACAAAGUUCACGACACCAACCUUCACCGCUGCAGUCAUGACAAACCUGUCUAAUGACAGCUCCAUCAGUCUGGCAGUCCCUGAGAGUCCUGAACUGAGUCUGCUGUGUAGCAACAAGGGGAAGAUCAUUGUGGUGGGAGGAGACACCAUGACUGAUGCUACCAAGGCUAAGUGUUAUGAUCUUGCAAGUGACAGCUCCAUCAGUCUGGCAGUCCCUGAGAGUCCUGAACUGAGUCUACUGUGUAGCAACAAGGGGAAGAUCAUUGUGGUGGGAGGAGACACCAUGACUGAUGCUACCAAGUGUUAUGAUCUUGCAAGUGACAGCUCCAUCAGUCUGGCAGUCCCUGAAAGUCCUGAACUGAGUCUGCUGUGUAGCAACAAGGGGAAGAUCAUCGUGGUGGGAGGAGACACCAUGACUGAUGCUACCAAGUGUUAUGAUCUUGCAAGUGACAGCUCCAUCAGUCUGGCAGUCCCUGAAAGUCCUGAACUGAGUCUGCUGUGUAGCAACAAGGGGAAGAUCAUUGUGGUGGGAGGAGACACCAUGACUGAUGCUACCAAGGUAAGUGUCAUGAUCUUGCAAGUGACAGCUCCAUCAGUCUGGCAGUCCCUGAGAGUCCUGAACUGA